AUCAUGCACAGCCGCGACAUCUGUUUAUUCUCGUUGUUGAACUUGAGCCCAGCGUACCACCAUGGAUACCAGCAGUGUGUCCGUGUUGUGGUACAGGAGGUCAAAGCCUCAGGGGAAGGUGAGACGAAGGGUUCAAGAUCUCCGCAACCCUUCCACCUGUUACAGAGACUUUAUUGCCAUCAGACCUGUGCUGGACCUGAGUCACAAUGAGAGCGUCCGGCUGGCGGUGGACAGCCUGCUCAGCCGGGGCUUACAGGGAUACCAGGAGGCGUUGAACGCAGAGGGAGAAGCUGACUUUCUGUCAGAGCUGGAGAAGAAUUACAUCCUGAGAAAUGGAAAAGAGGGCAAUGCAGCUAGUCCUGGUGAUUCUGAUAGCGAUGAUGAAAAGGUGUUAGAGGGCUUGUCAACUGGCUCCAAGACUGCCACACUGUGCCCUGCAGUGACCACAGGACGAAUUCCUACGGAGGCAGGUUUAGGACAAAGCAGCAUCAGAGAUCGUGUCCGGGACAAGCCCAGUGUUGAGGUUUAUUUCCAGUCUGAUGGUAGAGGAGGAGCUGGUUUGAAAGACCUGGUCAGAGAGUUCAUCAGGAAGGCUGCACACGCCCUGGCCAUAGUGAUGGACAGCUUCACUGACGUGGAGCUGCUCUGUGAUCUCCUGGAGGCCAGCAGGAAGAGGAAUGUGUCUGUUCACCUGCUGUUGGAUCAUCUGAACCUGAACCUGUUUGUCACCAUGUGGCAGGACCUCAAACUCAACAGCAAAAACUUCCCCAAACUGUCAGUACGCAGCAUCGAUGGACAGACCUACUGUGCCAAGACAGGCAGGAAGCUGACAGGUCAGGUCGCUGAGAGUUUUAUCAUCACUGACUGGACUCAGGCGCUAACUGGCUCAUACAGUUUCUCCUGGCUGUCAUGGCAGGUCCAUCGUAGUCUUGCUGUUCUUGUAAAGGGCAGCGAAGUCAUACCUUUCCAUCAGGAAUUCCACAGACUCAACUCCAGCUCCAAAACAGUGCCGGGAUUUGUCACAUUUAUCACUGUGCCUCACUCUCUCCUUCUUUUCAUCUCAUCACCUGCAGCCCAGAAUGAUAACACUGAUAAUAACAUAUCCAAGUCCCACCAGGCCAACACAGUGAGCCACUGGGCUCUGACCAGAGAUGCUCCGAAGACCAAGAUGACUGCACUUUCAUCAAACCCAAAGAGCCCAGAAUUGGAGUGCAACAGAGGUGACACCCAGCAUUUACAAGGGGCAGUUACAGGUACAGGUGCCAAGCUGGAUCUACAGCCCCACACCUACCAGCAGGUGAAGCCCCCUCCCAGGCCAAACUGGAUAUUCCAGAUUCACACCCCAAGACCCAGGCCAGUGGCCCGAACCAGCUCUCUUGGCGCUACCCAUCGGACCGGACAGAAGACGCUGGAACAACCGGGCUUCAGGCAAGCUCCUGCUGACAUGAAUGCAUUACUGAGAAGAAGCAAGAGCUUGACUGAGAGACGCACAGCAGGAUUAAAAGGAGCAGGACUGAAUCCAAACAUUACCAAGACUUGA